GCUAUGAAAAAAUGGAGCCCAAUGGAUCGAGAGCCCUAAAACCCCAAUGAUACAUACAGCCCAAAAACAUAAAAUAGCCUACAUAACUGCUCCAUUUGAUGCACUUUAUAUCCUUGUUUCUUCUAGGGUUUAUUCAUCUGGAAACAGAAGCAAAAGAAAAACAAGCAAAUGGCGUCUCUCAUGGCAAUGCGUCGCGGACGGAGCCCAACGCUAAGUUUCACUUCUCUCUUCUCCAAGGUACGCUUUAGCUCCUCUCUCUUCACUUUCGGUUGCCACUGUGACAGAACCCAGAUUUUAACCCUGAAGGCCAAGUCUCUUAGCACCUCCGCUAUCCCAAACGAGAAUCAGAGACUACCCCCGCAACACCAGCAAUACCAACAACCCCCAGCGGCAUCUGAUCCUAAGGUUUUUCAUGGCCAACGAAACCCUAAUUUUAAUAACCAAUGGACCCCUCAAAACCAGGGUUACAAUCAUCCGCAACAACACCGCGGAGGUCCUGGUAACAAUCAGUUUAAUUGUCAAAUCCAGGAAAGGGGAUUUCCUAAUCAGGGCCAGGGUUACCCUAAUCAAGGACAGGGCUAUUCUCAACGAGAAAGCCCUAAUCAGUGGAACCCGCAGCAGAAUCGGAGCUAUCCUCAAUACCAAAAUGCUAAUCAGAUGAAUACACAAAUGCCAAGAAGCCCAAAUCAGUGGAAUAACCAAAAUCAAGGGUACCCUCAAGGUAGAAAUUUUAAUGAGAGGGCCCCCCAGAGUCAAAACCCUAGUCAAUUGAGCCGGAAUCGAGCGCAAGUGGUGGAGCAUACGCAGCCUGAGCCAGUUCCCUCACUAGUUGAUUUAACACGGUUGUGUCUUGAAGGGAAAGUUAAAGAAGCUAUUGAAUUGAUGGGUGAAGGAGUUAAAGCUGAUGCUAAUUGUUUUUCGUCUUUGUUUGAGUCAAUUGGCAAUCCCAAGUCACUUGAGGAUGCGAAGAAAGUUCAUGAUUACUUCUUGCAGUCAACCUGUAGGAGUGACCUUAGAUUGAACAAUAAGGUUAUUGAAAUGUAUGCGAAAUGUGCUAGCAUGAUUGAUGCACGUAGAGUUUUUGAUCACAUGCCUGAUAGGAAUAUGGAUUCUUGGCAUUUGAUGAUAAAUGGGUAUGCAGACAAUGGCUUGGGAGAUGAUGGGUUGCAGUUGUUUGAGCAGAUGAGGAAAUUGGGGUUGAAACUGAAUGAACAAACUUUCCUUGCAGUUCUGUCGGCUUGUGGUAGUGCAGAAGCUAUAGAAGAAGGGUUUAUACAUUUUCAAUCAAUGGAGAGUGAGUAUGGAAUUUCUCCAGGGUUUGAGCAUUAUAUGGGACUUUUCGGUGUUCUUGGAAAAUCUGGUCAUCUUUAUGAAGCUAUAGAGUAUAUUGAGAAAAAACUGCCUUUUGAGCCAACGGCUGAAGUUUGGGAGGCGAUGAGAAAUUAUGCUAGAAUUCAUGGAGAUGUUGAUCUUGAAGAUUAUGCUGAGGAGUUGAUGGUUGAUCUUGACCCAUCAAAGGCUGUUGCUAAUAAAAUUCCCACGCCACCACCAAAGAAACAUACUGCAAUUAGCAUGCUGGAUGGAAAGAACAGAAUCAGUGAAUUUCGAAAUCCAACCCUUUACAAGGAUGAUGAGAAAUUGAAGGCCUUGAGAGCAAUGAAAGAAGGAGGUUAUGUGCCUGACACAAGAUAUGUUCUUCAUGACAUUGAUCAAGAGGCUAAAGAGCAAGCGCUGCUGUACCACAGCGAGAGAUUGGCAAUUGCAUUUGGUCUUAUCAGUACUCCUGCUAGGCAAACUCUUAGGAUCAUCAAGAACCUUCGUGUAUGCGGUGACUGUCACAAUGCCAUCAAGAUCAUAUCUAGGAUUGUUGGGAGGGAAUUGAUUAUCAGAGACAACAAGCGUUUCCAUCAUUUUAAGGAUGGCUUAUGUUCUUGUGGUGAUUACUGGUAAAAUGCCUUGCUUCGUCUUCUUGAAUUCUUCCCAUUUGAAUAUUGAUAUGUAAAAGUUCCAGAAUUUUAGGCGAUAUGCAUUGCUGUGAACAGAAGAACUUUUGUUGACAUGUUGCUAGUGUUUUCAAGUGAACGGUUCAUUACCUUACGUACUCUUCUUCUUGUUCUGAUGCUCAAUUAGUAUACUUUUUUUUGUGAAGUUUUUAGUGUCUGCCCUUCUACAUAACCUUUUCUGAAUUCAGUUGUCCAGAGAUUUCUUUUUCUUCAGUUCCAUCAAAUUUAGGAGCCACGAGUAUAAACUUUUAAGAAGUGGUGACUAAGUUCAUUAGAGAAAUGGCAUUUAACUUUUGUACAAAGAAGGUCCUAGUCCGGAAGAAUGAAAAAAAG